GAUUAAUACAUACCAAUACGCCUACGAAACGUAACAAAUACUAAAUAGUCUGUGUGUGUCGGGUUUUACCUCCAGGAUAAUACGCCAUGCUCUGAGCACGUUGAGGGAGGGAGUCCCUUGUGGUAAUAGACACUUUGUUAUGGUGUGAAAAGCACCACUACUACUGUUGCCACGCUUCGGGCGCAGUGGCAUGGUGAUCCCCUGGUUCCCUCAAUUCCCUGAUGUGUCAGCCAAAGUCCAUGCCAGGAGGGUGUGAGAUGGCACUUGAUGGCCUCUGAAGACAAGUUGAAUACAAGGGCCUCCUGCUCCCGGUCAUCAACUCUCAUUAUUCGAGCCAAGUCAGCAGUGUUUCAUACUGCUGACAGUCCCACUAGGCCCUUCAGCUCGCAUGAGAAGAAGACCCUUAAAUCCUGUGCCAGUGUCCCCCGGGUCACCAGUGACUCUAUAGGUCAGCUGAAUGCGAGGGUGGGUCAGACUCAGAACAACCACCUCCAUACUACCUCAGGGACCCCUCUACAACGUGCCUACAACCGUUCUGUGCCUGCUGCCACUUACCUAGCUAACAAGCCACAGCGUCCUGGUAGCGCAGCUGCUAAUUUAGCUAAUGGUCAUAGUAAUGGUCACUGUCAACCAACUGUUCUCUCUAAGAGUACACAGAUAUCUAGUGCUGACAUUAUCUCAUACAGACAUAACCCUGGUGUGUUAGAGCCAACCGUAAAUAGCUAUCGGCCCAGCUGCAACUUGGAAUCACAAAAUUUAAGAUCACGGAUCCUGGCCCGAAAAAGAGCCUUGUCACCCCAGCCUGCUCCCUAUCCAACGUGCCCCUGUCCACCAAAGGCAGAACGUGUCCCAGACUCGCAGAACAACGCUGCUUCACAGCCUGCUGAAAGCACCACCACCACCAGCAUGCCCACCAACCAGUCAGUCCCCUGGACCAGUGGCAAGCUGAGAGACAAUAGCAAAGGGUUUAUGAGGCCCACUAUGGGUAAAGUGCCUUCCUGUCCCAGACAGGAGACUACCCAGACAAGAGACUCAGCAAAACCUUUGUCUCCCCAGACCAAAUCGGCCUCCUAUUGCCGUAGCGGGGACAAUGGGGAUGGCAAAACCCAGACUAAGUUCACACACCACCCCCCCAACACUGUGCCUUUGCAGGAUAGGUCAUCCCACCACCAGGAUGUGUCACUGGGUCAGACAUGGAGGCUCCAGGACCCGCAUCAGUUUGAGAGCCUGAUGGCAGCAGACAUGGAGGGUCACUCCCAGAGGCUGGGCUUUUGUGCUGCUGUCCAUGGGGCUCCUGGAGCUCCUCAUAACACAUCAACAGAGAGGAUCGGGAAGGUCAACUCUGAGGUGGAGUUUACUGAGGCUGUGAGGAAGCUGACCCAGUCACGGAGCGCGCUCACCCCUCAUCCCAGGAACGGGACUGUUAAUAGUUUUACUACUGGAACACCAGGGUCCAACGUGGAUCCAGUCCAGAUUGGCAAAGCAAUGACUAAUAGCCCUGUCAUCUCUGUCAGCCACAGCCCUGCUCCAGCCAAACCCUCUGUACCACUCUGCCUUACUAUGAGAGACCAGCCUGUGUCCAUGGAGACCUCCAGUGCCUCUGGCCUCGACAGUAACACCACAACAAACAGUAGUAGCACAACAGCCUCCAUGGCACCUCUACCCCAUGCAGGGAUAACUCCAACACAGUCCUCUACCCAGGCCACUGCCACAGCUAGUUCUGGUGCAGGGAUAACUCCAACCCAGUCCUAUACCCAGGACAGUGCCACAGCUAGUUCUGGUGCUAGUUCCAUCCCAGAGAACACUGAGAUGGGUUCUGAGUCCGCCUCAGAUACUUCUCAGAGUCAGAGGCCUUCUGUCACCUCGGUGACCACCCAGAUAUCAGCCAUACACCUGACCAAGGAGAGGAGUGUCCUGUCUCUACAGGGCGGCUACAGCCCCUCCCGGUCCCCUCCUGGCCUGGGGGAGGAACAACAGGCUGAGUCACCUCAGCUCUCCAGUCCACAGAGUGUUGCCAUGCAGGAGGUUGCCAUGCAGGAGGUUGCCAUGCAGGAGGUUGCCAUGCAGGAGGUUGCCAUGCAGGAGGUUGCCAUGCAGGAGGUUGCCAUGCAGGAGGUUGCCAUGCAGGGGGUUGCCAUGCAGAGGGUUGCCAUGCAGGAGGUUGCCAUGCAGAGGGUUGCCAUGCAGGAGGAUGGAGACAGAGGGGAAGAGGACUAUCCUGAUGAUGAGCUGGAGAAUGACUGCAGUGGUGAUGAUGAUGAUGAUGGUGAAGGGUCUGACUGCUCCUCUAUGAAUGAUGCCUCGUCCACAGCCUCCAUACCCGUCCUGCCAAAUAUCACGGAUGAGGAGCUGAUGAGCCCUGAAUUAGAGGAUGAGGGGGAGCUGAAGCCAGCUCUGGUCCCCAGCAUGUUCCCCCUCAUUCCCCCUACACUGUAUUUCAGCACUGCCAACCAGAGAGUGGAGCCCCUGCCACCAGAACAGAGGAAGCUGCUCAAAUGGAAGAUGAGCACUGUGACUCCCAACAUAGUCAAACACACCAUCGCCAGGUCACACUUUAAAGUCACCAAGAGAAGUCAUGAUUGGCUUGGCUGCUGGGGUCACCAUAUGAAGUCUCCUGGGUUCAAGGCCAUCAGGGAAUACCAGAAGUUAAACCACUUCCCCGGCUCGUUCCAGAUCGGUCGGAAGGACCGUCUGUGGAGGAACCUGUCUAAGAUGCAGGCUCAGUUUGGUAAGAGGGAAUUCAGCUUCUUCCCUCGCUCCUUCGUUCUUCCUCAGGACAUCAAGCUACUGAGGAAAGCCUGGGAGGACAGUGGUAGCAGGCAGAAAUGGAUCAUCAAGCCGCCUGCGUCUGCUCGGGGUAUUGGAAUCCAGGUUAUUCACAAGUGGAGUCAGAUGCCAUGCAAGAGACCACUCCUGGUUCAGAAGUAUCUGCACAAGCCUUAUCUCAUCAGUGGGAAUAAGUUUGACCUGCGUAUCUAUGUGUAUGUGACAUGUUACGACCCGCUUCGCGUUUACAUCUUCCAGGACGGCCUUGUCCGCUUCGCCAGCUGCAAGUACUCGUCGUCUAUGAAAAGCCUUGGCAACAAGUUCAUGCACCUGACCAACUACAGCGUGAACAAGAGGAACUCGGACUAUCAGAACAAUGACAGUGACAAGGCCUGCCAGGGACACAAGUGGGCUCUGAAGGCGCUGUGGCACUACCUGGGUUGUAAGGGAGUCAACACCACGCUGAUCUGGGAGAAGAUCAAGGACAUCGUCAUGAAAACCAUCAUUGCGUCUGACCCGUAUGUCAACACGCUGGUCAAGCUUCACCUGCUCCCCUACAGCUGUCACGAGCUGUUUGGCUUUGACAUCAUGCUGGAUGAGAACCUCAAGCCUUGGGUUCUGGAGGUCAACAUCUCACCAAGCCUCCACUCCGGCACCGCUCUGGACGUGGCCAUUAAGGGCCAGAUGAUCAGAGAUGUGUUGAACCUGGCGGGGUUCCUUCUGCCUCAGAGAGAAGAGGUGCUUCCCUCCGCCAGCAGCUCUGCCAGCAGUCUGUGUGGAGGGACACGGGAGAGAUCCAGACCUGAGAUUUCAACUGAUGAGAAAGUCAAGCGGGCCUUCUACCUGAGCCAGCGCUUCGCAGAUCAGGACUUCUUGUCCUCCGUCCUGGACGUUCUGACUCCAGAGGACGUACGAGUCCUGGCUGAGACUGAGGACGAGCUGAGCAGGAAGGGAGAGUUUGAACGAGUGUUUCCCUCACACUGCUCCUCACGAUACCUGCGCUUCUUCAAACAACCACGCUACCUCAACAUCCUGCUCAACCAGUGGGAGACGCACGGACAUAACAGGAGAGAAGGAGUCUGUGUGCUGAGGAGUCUGUGUCAGAGAGGAGUCCAUCUAGGAACCACCGACCCUGCACAUCUAUGGUCCAAGUCGACCUACGACCCCAGGUCUGAUCACCCCAGGCAGGAGCCAAGCAGAUCGAGUGUGGUGGUGAGUCACAGAACCAGGCCCCAGCCAGACCAGGAGGAGUACUGUUUCUCCCAGGAGGUCACCACCUCCCUCCUGGGCUCCUCCAGCCUGACCACCGAGUCUACAGCCAGCGUGCCACCCAGAGAUGAAGAGUUGGAGGGUUAACCGGCUCUCACUGCACCCUAACGCUGUUGACUUCUUAAAGAAGGCAUAAACACAUCCCGCGUUUGGGCAGGGGAUGUGAACGCCGUAGGUGUGAUGGAGGGUCAACGUGAACACCUUUCUCUCUCUCUCUCUCGAUGCAUAUUCCUCUUUUCACUACCAUAGUCUGAACUGGAGAGGGACAAACAGCUGAGUGUUGGUCCUGGAUAAGGGGGUGGGGCUUCUCUGGACCAGGUGGACAGACAGCAGCUUUGGCCAAUCGACCGAGGAGAAAAUCCAAGGCUGCUCUGCCUACUUAGAGCCAGUCCAAUCAGGUUCCACUCCUAGGUGUGUUUACGUCAAAUAUAAAUCAACAUUUAUUGGUACACAAAUUUUGUUAUUGCAGGUGCAGUGAAAUGCUUGUUUCUAGCAUUUCAGGCUUGUUACUAUGGGAUGGGUAACUGCAUUUCAGGCUUGUUAUUAUGGGAUGGGUAACUGCAUUUCAGGCUUGUUACUAUGGGAUGGGUAACUGCAUUUCAGGCUUGUUACUAUGAGAUGGGUAACUGCAUUUCAGGCUUGUUACUAUGGGAUGGGUAACUGCAUUUCAGGCUUGUUACUAUGGGAUGGGUAACUGCAUUUCAGGCUUGUUACUAUGAGAUGGGUAACUGCAUUUCAGGCUUGUUAUUAUGGGAUGGGUAACUGCAUUUCAGGCUUGUUACUAUGGGAUGGGUAACUGCAUUUCAGGCUUGUUACUAUGGGAUGGGUAACUGCAUUUCAGGCUUGUUACUAUGGGAUGGGUAACUGCAUUUCAGGCUUGUUACUAUGGGAUGGGUAACUGCAUUUCAGGCUUGUUACUAUGGGAUGGGUAACUGCAUUUCAGGCUUGUUACUAUGGGAUGGGUAACUGCAUUUCAGGCUUGUUACUAUGGGAUGGGUAACUGCAUUUCAGGCUUGUUAUUAUGGGAUGGGUAGAUAUAACUGCAUUUCAGGAUUGUUAUUAUGGGAUGGGUAACUGCAUUUCAGGCUUGUUACUAUGGGAUGGGUAAAUAUAACUGCAUUUCAGGCUUGUUACUAUGGGAUGGGUAGAUAUAACUGCAUUUCAGGCUAGUUACUAUGGGAUGGGUAGAUAUAACUGCAUUUCAGGCUAGUUACUAUGGGAUGGGUAGAUAUAACUGCAUUUCAGGCUAGUUACUAUGGGAUGGGUAAAUAUAACUGCAUUUCAGGCUUGUUAUUAUGGGAUGGGUAAAUAUAUCUGCAUUUAUUUGGCUGGUCAUUUUACAUAUGCUUCACAAUUUUUACAAUUUGAAGUUGUAACAAUAAUUGUUAUGAAUAAAUAAUUGAAUUAACAGUUGUUCUAUCAGUCCCAGAUUAGGGAAAUAACUGCUCAGGUUCAUACAUUAAAACUGAUAUUUGAAGAAUGA